UCCUCCUCCUCCGCCUCCUGCUCCUCCUCCUCUUCCUCCUCCUCCGCCUCCGCCUCUUCCUCCUCCGCCCCCGCCUCUUCCUCCUUCUCCUCCUUUUCCUCCUCCUCCUCCUCCUCCUCCUCCUCCUCCUCCCUUUCCUCCUCCCACAGCUGCCUAUGGCAGCGGUGGUGGACAAUCGGCCCAUCAGAGAAUUGCCACCGAACGAUGGCCAUGACCGAGUUGCCGCGAGAUCUUGUCGAUGCCGACCUUGGUCUUGGUCCAUGCCAGCCGUCGCCGUUGCGCGAGCAUGAUCCACGACUUGGCGAGGGCCACCAUGGGCGGUGUCCGAGAUCGGUACCGGCGUUUCCGCGUUCAGUCUUGGCCAGGGUCAUCGCCUUCUCCUCCUUCCAGGCGAGGGCAGGGGCUGCAGCAAUUGGAGAGACAUCCGGCGGCCUCCGGCCCAUUCCGUCGCCGUGGGGCUCCGAGUCGGGGGCGCGGCGCGGGGCGAUCGGAGGCCACGCUGCGCGUUGUCAGCCGUGCUCCUGGGGGGGCGCCCUUCCCCCCCCCCAGCGGGGGGGCUCCUUCGAGCGCAGCCAGUGGCGCUGUGGGUUUCCGGGAGGUGUGCUUCCAGGAGCCUCUUCGGGGAUCUGCGGCUCAGCAACGCCACGAGGGCACUCCACUGCAGGCCCCAGAGGCGCGGUGGCGGAUCAAGCUGCUGGAGUUCGCGGACGUCGAUCUGGACACCUGCGAGGCUAAGUGCAACGCCACCGCGAGUUGUUACCACUACAACUACCACCCUGACGCGUGCAAGCAUUCCGCGGAUGCACCGAGGACGUGCUUCCUGUUCGCCAAGGGCUGCGUCCUGGAGGAGGAUCCCUGCUGGAAUCUGUACGAGAGCCCCACCGUGCCAGCGUGGCGGCUGCGGGGGAACGCCACGGGCUGCGGCAACUGGGCGCGAGCGGGCGUCGGGGAGGUCCAGACUGCCAUGAACCGGGGCCACUGCGGCGUGAAGUGCUCGCAGCACCCCCAGUGCAGGCUGUUCAACUUCCAGCCGCGCGACUGUCACGAGGACGUGGCCGAGAACGUCCCCCCGGCCGGGGCUGGGGCGUGCUGGCUCUACACCAGCGACCCGCCUUGCAGGGAGGGUCGCAAUGCGUGCUGGGAUCUGUAUGAGAUGUCGUCGGAGGGGUCCCUGGGCAACUCCACCUGGAGCCUGCUGCCAGCAGCCAGAGGCACGCGGCGGUGGAUUCUUCACACCUCGGACGACGCGAGCUUCAGCGUCGCCGACGUGGUCUCCAUUCAGUUCGCCGACACGAGCCAGCAGACCGCCGUGGUCAUGGGGAAGGACCGGGAGACCCCGGGCUGGCCAUCGAUCCCGGGCUCGCUCAGGACCUGCUGGGGGGCGAGCUGAUCUGGAUAGUGCGGUCCGACCUUGGCAGCAACGGGUCCCACGGCCGCGGGGGCGACUCGGCGACGGCUUCUGGCAGGGGCAUUGGCUGAUCGGGGCUCCCUGAGAUCCGUCGCAGUGGCGAAAA